CGGAAUCAGGUAAACAAAUAAAUUAUUUCCCCAAGGAACGUCAAAAACAUGCUAUUGGGAUAGCCAAGGUCUAACGGUACAAUUUGACUGUGUCGACUGUCCCGGCAUGGGGGACAUGAAGACCCCCGAUUUUGAUGACUUGCUGGCUGCAUUUGACAUUCCUGACAUUGAUGCCAAAGAAGCCAUUCAGUCUGCCCGUGAUGAAGCUGAAAGCCACCAUGGGUCAGGCAGUGGGGCCCUGGGGAAGCCCGGGGAUGAUGGGGCUGAAGGGGGUCACGCAAUGAGAGCCACAAGUCCCCCCGGAACGGACUCGCACGGAGACCCACCCAUCGUCAGCGUGAUCGUGAAGAACCGCGUCCGCGCUGAAACCCUGGACGGGGGAGAGGGUACGGUCUCCGAGAGGGAGCCUGCAGACGGAACGCCCGGUAUCGGACUCGUACCACGGCUCGGAACACGGAGCCCCGGUCUGGCGCCACCGGAAUCGCUCAAUCACAACGGGUUUGUGUCCUCGAGCGCGUCGGGUCACCUCCCUCAGAGCCAGGGUCAGUCCAACGGGGACUCGUGGCCCCUCUGCGCCCCAAAGGCGACCCCGGACAGUACCGAGUUCCUGUCGGGCUCUGCCAGCUCCUCCAAGCAGGGCGGAGGCAACAUCUUCAACAAGCUGAAACCGCUGAUGGCGCAGGGCUCAGGAGACUCCAUCGGCAGGGCCCGCAAGAUGCAGCUCCUGCAGCAGCAGAAGCACCUUCACAUGCAGCAGCAGGAGGCCCCUGGUCCGGAGGCCAAACCAUCCAAAGCGCCCGCGGCGGCUGCUGCUGCUGGCGCAAGCUCGGGGACCCUGGCGUCGUCUCCGUUCUUUCCCCCUUCUAAAGCCAUGCAUUUGCCUUCCUCUGCGUCCUCUUCAUCGUCAUCCUCUUCCUCCUCAUCCUCCUCCUCACAUGCUAACAAUCCCCGUGUGUCUGGGCCACUGGGUUCGUCGGUGCCGCUUCAGUCGUUCAACGGAACCUCGAGGUCGGGUGGCCCGGCGGGUUUCCGACGCUUGGACUCGGACGAGGAGGACUCGGACCCUGAUCUGGGAGCACCGCUGGUGAUCCAGGAGAGCCCAGGCUCGCCAGCGUGCACCACUCCCAAGAUGGGCCGCCGCGUGCGCUCGCCCGCCGGGAGUUUCGAGUCGCCCUCGCUGCCGCCGUCGUCCGGCUCGUCGUCGUCCUUCCCCAAGCCCGGCGACGUGCCCUCCGCCUCGCCGGCCUCCCCACAGGGCCAGCAGAACUGGCUCUCGUCGCCCUCCUCCUCCCAGACCUCCGCCGCCAGCAAGAGCUCCCCACAGGAGGAGAGGCACCCCGAGCACGUGGUGGAGGAGAGGGACUCCCCCGAGAGCCCAGAACCGGAGGCCCCCAAGCCGGCCUCGGCCUCGUCCGCGCCCAAGAGAAGCUCCAGUCGAUUAGCCUCGCCCCGCCGACCCACCUAAGACGCCUCCCUGCUGCGGGAGCCGGGCGAGGAGGAAGAGGAGGAGAUGGAGGUGGCGAAGGGAGUCGUGGAGAAGACGGAGGAGAGGAAGGAACAGGAGAGCAAAGGGGCAGAGGAGGAGAAGAUGGAGGUGCAGGAGGAGGGGGAGAAGGUGGAGGGGAAAGCGCAGUCGGCGGAAGGAGGGGCGGCGCCACCCGUCGCCGUGGGAACGGCCACUCCGGCUGGGUCCGCCCCGUCGCGACCACUUAAGGUUCGCAUCAAGACCAUCAAGACGCCCACCGGCAGCAUCACCAGGACGGUGGUGGCGUCCAAAGGAGGCGGCGCGGGCAAAGGGUUGGAGGUCAUCAAGGCCCAGCAGGGGAACGCGGCGCCCGGCAGCCGAGCUUCGGCCAGACAAAGCGCGGCGUGGCACGCGCGGGCCAAAGAGCUUCGGCCCGACUGCCCGCGGUCCACUUCCGGAGCCAACAGCGCCAUGUUGGCCGCGGCCACCAAGGCGCAGAGCAAGAUGGCCUCCCCAUCCGACAAGGGCAAGGUGACCGCCACGGCGGUCAGCAUCACCAAAACGGCCGCUCUGCCCGCCACCUCUGUGGUCAGCGGCAUCAGCGUCCGGCCCGUCGCCAAGGCAACCAACGGGGGCACAUCGGCCGGGGGCGGCGGCGGCGGUGGUGGUGGUGGUGGUGUCGUCCACCAGCCCUGCAAGCCCGCGUCCAUCGUCAACAGCACGGGCGCCGUCAUCUCGCGCUCGCAGUCCAGCCUGGUCGAGGCCUUCAACAAGAUCCUCAACAGCAAGAACCUGCUGCCCAGCUACAAGCCGGACCUUUCUGCCCCUCCGCCACUCGAGUGGGGGCUCGGCAUGCCCGCCGCCGGCUACCGCUGCCUGGAGUGCGGCGACUCGUUCGCGCUGGAACGCAGCCUGGUGCGCCACUACGACCGGCGCUCGCUGCGCAUCGAGGUGACGUGCAACCACUGCGCCAAGCGGCUGGCCUUCUUCAACAAGUGCAGCCUGCUGCUCCACGCGCGCGAGCAUAAGGAACGCGGCCUGGUCAUGCAGUGCUCGCACCUCGUCAUGCGGCCGGUCACCGUGGAGCAGAUGAUCAGCCAGCAGGACAACGCGCCCAUCGGAAUGCUCUCUCCCUCUCCGUCUCUCUCGUCCACACCAGCUGCCCCUCAGGGCACCCCCUCUGUCUCCACCGCCACCCCCAGCCCCCAGAAGGACUCGCCGUCGCCCUCGGCAACAGCAGCAGCAGCAGCAGCCACCCAGCCCUCCGCUCCGCGCCGACUACCCAGCAGCCCCCAGGCCAUCAUGCCCCUGCCCUGCAAGAAGGUGGACGUGCUCCAGUACAACAACUUCAAGUGCCCGGAGUGCCAGGCUCAGUUCGGGGGCAAGGCGGAGUUGGUCGCCCACUUCCAGCAGAUCAGAGCCACCCCCAACUCUACGUGUACGCUGUGCACUCCGCCCAUGAUGCUGCCCAACUGGUGCAGCGUAUGCCCACCAGCGAUCCAUUAGCAUCAAAGGCCGCAUCGCCUGCCCGCCGGUGGCGGCGGCGUGGCCCGGCAGGCCAGCUUCCAAGCGCACCUGGAGGAGUCCUGCCUGCACUUCGCCCGACGCAUCGGAUACAGGUGCUCCAUCUGCCAGGUGGUGUUUGGGGGCCUGAACUCCAUCAAGUCCCACAUCCAGACGGCCCACUGCGAGGUCUUCCACAAGUGCCCCAACUGCCCCAUGGCCUUCAAAUCUGCCCCCAGUGCCCAGUCCCACAUCAGCACCCAGCACCCCACGCUCACCACCACCCAGCCCAAGAUGAUCUACAAGUGUGUCAUGUGCGACACGGUCUUUACCCAGAAGCCCCUGCUCUACGUGCAUUUCGACACUCACCUGGCCAAGCAGAAGGUGCACGUGUUCAAGUGUCCUGACUGCACCAAGCUCUACGCCCAGAAGGCCUCCAUGAUGGAGCACAUGAAGACCGUCCACAGAGGCCUGUCUGUCAAGCCAGAGACCCCGCCCACAACCACUACUACCACCACCACCACCACCUCCACCACCCCAGGCACCAUGCCCCUCACGGUGCAGCCAAUCCCCAAAGCCCGAGGGCAGGAAGGGGAGGAGUGGAGUGGAGAGCCCGGGGAGGAAGAGGGGGACCGAGAGGGGGAGGGCGGGGAGAAGGAGGAGGAAGAGGAGGAUGAGGAGGAGAACGAGGAGGAAGAGGAGCCCGAGAGCUCGCCGGAGAGUUCCUCCAUGGAGUGGAAGUGCCGCGAGUGCCGCACUCGCUACUCUGAGAAAGAGGACUACAUCUCCCACAUGAGGAAGGAGCACGGCAAGCCCAUGAAGAAGUUCCCGUGCCGUAUGUGCGAGCGCUCCUUCAGCUCGGCCAACAGCCUGCGGCGCCACGUGCGGGUCAUCCACGAGGGCAUCCGCAGAGUCUUCCACUGCCAGUACUGCUCUGAGGGGAAGCGCACGUUCAGCAGUCGUUUGAUUCUGGAGAAACACAUCCGGGUCAGACACGGCAUCCGCUCCAGACAACCAGUGGACAGACAGGGUCCUCCCAACACCAGGAAGCGCUCUGCUCCGGCGGAGGGUGUGGGCAGCUCGUCCGAGCAGGAGGGGGACGGCGCGUUUGAGGAGGCGUCAGAGGGCCCCGCCAGCGGCGGCGGGGGGGCGGUGAAGCGCUGGCGUCCCGCAGCAACCGGCGGCGCCGGCGAGGCCUCGGCGCCGCACGACCGGGACGAAGGAGUCCGCCAGGAAGCCGAGGAGUCCGGCAGCGGCGAGGGGGGGGAGGAGACCACCGGCGCCGCCACUCCAGCCGGCUCCGCCCCCGUUGCCGCCGGCUACAAGUGCACGCCGUGCGGCUUCGUCACGGAGGACUGGGCGGAGUUCCAGCAACACAUCCCGCAGCACCAGGCGGAGGGUGGCGUGGGCAGUGCGGGCUCUCUGCAGUGCACCCAGUGCGGCGCCUGCUUCGCCUCGGCCGGCUCGCUGGCCCGCCACCGCUUCAUCACACACCGGCUGCGCAACGAGACCCGCGGCCACGGCAAAAACGCCGCCUCCUCCUCCUCCUCCUCCUCCUCGGCUGCCGCCGGCGCCGCCUCCUCCUCCUCGCCCGACAACGGCGCCGCCGGGGCCACGCCCCCCGACGACGGCUCCCCGACAUCGCCGCUCCGGGGAGAGGACGGGAGCUACGGCUGCCGCGUGUGCGGGCGACGCUUCGACAAGCAGCCCGACCUGAACACGCACUUCCGCACGCACGGCAUGGCCUUCAUCACCGCACACAAGAACGACAAACCCACAUAGAGGAGGAGGAGGAGGAGGAGGAGGAGGAGGAGGAGGAGGAGGAGGAGGAGGAGGAGGAGGAAGGACAGAAAGAAUGAAGAACAAAGAAGCGCCAGUGAACGGAGUCAGAAGUGGACUGGAGAAAAUGACCGACCAAUCCCAGUACAUCACCAACAGUGGACGUUAGAACAAGGCAGCGUGUGUGUGUGCUACCCUCUACAAACUACAAACCUGUGCCAUCCGCCAAUCCACCACAGGCCACUGCUCCUCAUUCGUGGAGAGGAGUGGUCAUAGGACACCUAUGCGAUUGGACACACAGUGAAGACACUUGAUCUAAUCCCAGUGCUGAUUGGCUACUUGUUUGGGUCGUCUUGAUGAGCAGAGAGAGAGUCGUGUGAGGUCAAAAAGAAAAGGAGACGAGAUGACCACGAGAUGAAUGAAGCUCAGGCUUGCAGACCAACUGGACACUAACCCAACAACCUCCUCCUUCGUCCUGAUUGGCUAAGGAGAGACUGGGAGACCAGGAUGGAUCAGGAAACUGCAGCAGAAAGCCACAGGUCCCAUCCAGAGGCUUCAUGUCGAGUGGACGUUGACCAGUGCUUUCUACUCCUAUUGGUUGUAACGAUGCCAGCUCAGUGUUCCCUUUUGUUCCGUUCUCAGCUGCAUACACACGCAGAGGCCCCUGGUGAGCUCUGUCUCCUGCAGGAGAUACAAGACGAGUCAUUCUGUGUCAAAUCAGACAGAAUCCAGGGAAAUGGUGGCUGCCUGUCUCAGAUUUUGCUUUUGUCCUUUAUGCUCAUUGAUUAUAUGUAAGGCCCUAGAUUUGGAACAAAGUGGGCCAUGCAAGCAAAAUCCACAAUAGAAACUUUUAAUGGUUCAGUUAUAUUAGGAUGAAUAAUACUUAAUGCCCAAACAUUGCUUCCAAGAUUACCGGUAUGUGUUUUUCAAGUUGUCAAACUGAAGAAAUAUCUCAAGGAAAAACAUGAAAACAUAGGAUUGAAAUAUCUAAAUAUUUUCCAGGCCUUGGUUUUGAAACCCGUUCAUGAUAUAUAGACACGAUUUGAACAAAAUCUGAGAUGGUGCAGCAAACAACCUUAUCGGAUUUGAGACAAGAAAACACAGGGCUUAUCUACAGAAUCUCAUUUUAACUCCAUGUAGUACAGAGGUACGGUUCUGCGACCGGUUCUAAAUCAGUUCUAGGGUUUGGGGAACGUCUCUGUGGUCACAUUCAGAUUUGCCUAAAGGCUGUUGUCUGGUCAGUGUUAUUUGGGGGGGUGAGGUUUGAUUAUCGACUGCAAAAAAAAAAAAAGAGGUGCUAUCGAAGGUGUUUCUAAAUGAACAGAAGUAAUAUUAAAAUUGUAUUGACAUUGUACUGAUCUAUUUAUUUAUAUGUCACACGUAUUGUGUCUUUUUUGAACUGUCUGAUUAAGGAAUGGUAGAAAAGUGAUCUUUAUAUUACCUAGGAGGAGAGUCUACUGAACUAUGUGGCAGAUUUGCGUUUCCAGCUCUUUGCAUGACAGAUGUGUGAUGUUUGAGGUGUUACAGAAAUUAAAAAAAAAAAAACUUAUUGUGAAAAACAAACAAAAAAAAUAACAUGGUUACGCACUUCUUGCAAGAGCACAUUUGUAUGUGUGUGUGUUUGUGUGUGUGUGCGUGUCUACGUGUGUGUGUGUAUAUACUGUACAACGCAGUAAUUUUGAAAAACACUUAGGUGGGGUUAGUAGACAAUGUGAAGUGUGAAUUCUACUUACUGUAAUAGUAUAAACUUGUUUUGUCUUUUUUUAUUCAGCUGAUUCUAAGCUGACUGAAUCAUGAAUGGAUAUUUGGAUAUAAGUUACAUAUUUUUUACAAAAGAAUCACAAAACGGAAACAACAACAAAAAAAAGCUGACAAGUGAGAAGGCUUUUGAUGGGAGUGUUUUCCGAGGCGCGUGUACACAUUUGUUGUUUGUUGGUUUGUUUAGUUUGUUUAUUUCCCCCCCUCUUUGAUAUGAGUCUUUUCUACCUGCACAGGGACACUAGUAAGCGAGCAUCACCCUUCUGUAAGAACUGCAGCUCAAUGACAUUUGUGACUCUGUGAAAGCCUGUGUAUAUCCUUUUUUUAAGAAACAAAAAUGUGUGUCUUAUGUACAUCCCUUACAUAUAAAUACAUCUUAUCAUUUUAUUUUUCUGUGAUUGCUGCUUGCAACACUGCCAUACCCUUUUAUGUCAACACCUACUCUCCUGUUUGAAAUAAUAAUAAAUAUGACAACCGUACGGCAUGGA